CCAGGUCGCUGUCGUUCAUGGUGACGCAGCGCAGGGGUGGCAGCAGGGUUGGUUGCGCUGCUGCAGGAGGCCGCGGGUAAAAUGGCGCUGGCCCAGGGCGGCGGCAAGAAGAAGGUCUGCUAUUACUAUGACGGUGAUGUUGGGAAUUACUACUAUGGACAGGGCCAUCCAAUGAAACCCCACAGAAUUCGAAUGACGCAUAACCUGCUUCUAAACUAUGGCUUGUACAGAAAAAUGGAAAUCUAUCGUCCACACAAAGCUUCAGCUGAAGAAAUGACGAAGUACCACAGUGAUGAUUACAUCAAGUUUCUGCGGUCCAUCCGUCCAGACAACAUGUCUGAAUACAGCAAGCAGAUGCAGAGAUUUAACGUGGGUGAAGACUGUCCUGUAUUUGAUGGGCUGUUUGAAUUCUGCCAGCUUUCAACUGGAGGGUCGGUUGGUAAGUAGACCGUUUACGUUUACAGAACAGCUGCAGGCCAUUGAUCCCAACUUGU